AACGCCCCGCCUGCUUUGCGCAUCCCUCUAGUGCUAGUGGCGGCAGGUGCAGGUGGCCGCGCGGCAUCCUGGGGCUUGCAGUCUCCCGAGCGUUCCAUUGUGUCCCUGCCUACAAUUUUAGGGAAACGAAUAAAAAGGUGGUCGGUAUGUUUUUGUUUGGGUGUGUACUUUUAUUAGGUCGCUUUUUCGCUACGCAUGAAAUACGGACUUUAGGACUCAACUAGUACCAAGAAGAAAAAGACCGGACAUUUUCACCUGUUUGUUAUACAGCGAAGGGGAAAAAUUGGGAAGAAAUCCUCAAGCUACAAGAAAAAUAACCAGAAGAAGCUUUACACUUUAGCCUGCAGUGACUUCUAUCCUGGUGUCCUAAGUCCACCUAAGUCAGUUUUGCAAUAAGAGGUCCCAAGUUUGGUUUUCUCGGAGCUUGCAUCAGUUGGUUGCAUCAUCCCUGAGUAGAAGAUUUGCGGUUGCAAGGAAAAAUAAGGUACAGAGCUUCUCCAGCGGGAAACUUCAUGUCUGCACGGCACGAGCCCACGCACCGCAGAACAGGCUUGCCAGGUCUCCUCAGAGACCCUCGCAGGAACCUAACAAUGAAAUCCAGUUGUCCAGUCUUUAUUUGUGGAGGGGUAAGGAGAAUCCGAGGCCAGUAGGCAAUCCGCCCACUGUUGGGAACGACUGACCUCACGAAUCAAUAAUUUGCUUUUGACUAGGAAGUGCAGCGGUUCUUGGGGGGAGGGGCUGGACUGGAUGGCGGACGCGAGCAGCAACGGUUCUCCCGAACCUCUCCCCCGCCCCUACUAUCUUGGCCUACAUUUUCCCGCUCCGUCCCGGGACCCGGACACCCAGAAUCCACGGAAAGCAACUGGCUCUCGAGAACAGCUCUCAUACCCUUCUACGUGAUCUGCACCUUUAAACUCACUCCAUCCCAAACCGGACCCCGGAGGCACCACCCACAUCCGUCUAACAUCACUUCCUUCAGAGUUUGAAAAAAAAAAAUCUGGGAAGGAGAGGGGUUGUGCUGAGCCGCGCUCGGCGAACGGUGUGGACCAUCUGCUGGGACUCCGGCCCUGCGUCCGCUCAGCCCCGUGGCCCCGCGCACCUACUGCCAUGGAGACGCGGCCUCGUCUCGGGGCCACCUGUUUGCUGGGCUUCAGUUUCCUGCUCCUCGUCAUCUCUUCUGAUGGACAUAAUGGGCUUGGAAAGGGUUUUGGAGAUCAUAUUCAUUGGAGGACACUGGAAGAUGGGAAGAAAGAAGCAGCUGCCAGUGGACUGCCCCUGAUGGUGAUUAUUCAUAAAUCCUGGUGUGGAGCUUGCAAAGCUCUAAAGCCCAAAUUUGCAGAAUCUACGGAAAUUUCAGAACUCUCCCAUAAUUUUGUUAUGGUAAAUCUUGAGGAUGAAGAGGAACCCAAAGAUGAAGAUUUCAGCCCUGAUGGGGGUUAUAUUCCACGAAUCCUUUUUCUGGAUCCCAGUGGCAAGGUGCAUCCUGAAAUCAUCAAUGAGAAUGGAAACCCCAGCUACAAGUAUUUUUACGUCAGUGCCGAGCAAGUUGUUCAGGGGAUGAAGGAAGCUCAGGAAAGGCUAACGGGUGAUGCCUUCAGAAAGAAACAUCUUCAAGAUGAAUUGUAACGUGAAUAUGCCCCUUCUUUCAUCAGUUAGUGUUCUGGAAGGAAAGCAGCAGGGAAGGGAAUAUUGAGGAAUCAUCCAGAACAAUUAAGCUGACCAGGAAACCUCAUUCCUACCUACACUGGAAGGAGUGCUCUCACUGUGGAAGAGUUCUGCUAACAGAAGCUGGUCUGCAUGUUUGUGGAUCCAGCAGAGAGUGGCAGACUUUCAACCCCUUUCCUCUUCUCAUGCUUGAGCUUCCCUGUUUGCACGCAUGCGUGUGCAGGACUGGCUGUGUGCUUGGACUCGGCUCCAGGUGGAAGCAUGCUUUCCCUUGUUACUGUUGGAGAAACUCAAACCUUCAAGCCCUAGGCGUAGCCAUUUUGUCAAUUCAUCAACUGUAUUUUUGUACUGGCAUUAACAAAAAAAGAGAUAAAAUAUUGUUCCAUUAAACUUUAAUAAAACUUUAAAAGGAAA